CUAGCCCCCCGCAAGCAUCGCCUGCCCCAGAGGCCGCGUGUGCUUCAAAGAGGCGCAGAGCUUAGCGGCGUGGCGGGUCGCGUCCACACGCUUUGUCUCGGCAGCGUCCCCUUUCAGCAGCCCGCCGGUGUGUGAUGUGGCGUUGGUCACCCUCUGACUGCAGGCGGGCCCCAGCGCACCAGGGUCCCCUCUCCAGCUUGGAGGAGAAGUUACAUCCAAGAAAUCUUAUCCCUGAGCUUUGUAGAUUGUUUUAUGACUUAGGCUGGGUAACAGGAACUGGUGGAGGAAUCAGCUUGAAGCAUGGGAAUGAAAUCUACAUUGCUCCUUCAGGAGUCCAAAAGGAAAGAAUACAGCCAGAAGAUAUAUUUGUUUGUGAUAUGAAUGAACAGGACAUCAGUGGUCCACCACCACACAAGAAACUAAAGAAAAGCCAGUGCACGCCUCUUUUUAUGAAUGCCUACACUAUGAGAGGGGCAGGUGCAGUGAUACAUACUCAUUCCAAGGCUGCUGUUAUGGCUACCCUUCUUUACCAAGGGAGUGAGUUCAGUAUUACCCAUCAGGAGAUGAUAAAAGGAAUCCAGAAGUGUACUUCAGGAGGCUAUUACCGAUAUAAUGAUACACUAGUGGUUCCCAUUAUUGAGAAUACACCAGAAGAGAAGGAUCUCAAGGAAAGAAUGGUACAUGCAUUGGAAAAAUACCCAGACUCUUGUGCUGUAUUGGUCAGACGUCAUGGAGUUUACGUAUGGGGAAAAACAUGGGAAAAAACUAAAACGAUGUGUGAGUGUUACGAUUACUUGUUUGACAUCGCAGUGCAGAUGAAGCAGCAUGGGUUAGAUCCUUCAAAGCAUCCAGCAGGAGAAAAUAAGGUCUUGUAAAUGACAACAACAUUUACAUUAGGUGUGAAUUUAUCUGUAUAGAAGAUCUGUUUGAAGGGAGAGACUAGAGAUUGCACCAUCCCUUCAAUCCGCUUUUCCACUCAGGAAACUUCAGUAUUUCACCUCUUUCCCCACUACCACUGCACUUGUGUCUGUGUCUGAAAUAAUGCUUUUUUACCAUAAAAUGCAUAAAAAAUAUAUGUAUUAAUAAUUAAGUAUGUUCUGUGCAUAUUUUAGCACCUAUGUACAACACGGGAUGCAAUUACUUUUAAAAACUAGAUUUUAUCAGAUAUUAAAGAAAAAGCCAAUGGAAAAGAAAGACAACAGCCUAGUAAGCUAAGCUAUACUGAGAUACCUGAACACCCACUUCUGUUCUUCAGCUUGCAGGAUGAGGUUUGAUUUCGAUCCAUCUCAGUGGUAUUACUUAUCUGGUGAGUUGUUAGUCCUUAUUUGUUCAGCAGAAAUGGUUCAUUGCAAGUUGAUUGCUUCAAUUGAUUAGUGUCACCUGUUUACCUCAUGCAUCAAAUUACCAUGACUUUGUUUUCUAAUGUAACAGUGAUCAAUGUUUUGGAAGUUUUUAUAAUAAAUCUUUUAAAGUAAAAGCACAUAGAUGGUAGAAUUGGGCAGUACUUAACGUGAGGGCUUCCUGAAAAAAUUCUUGGUAUGGCAAAAUACAGUGAUAGGGUACAUUUCAAGGUCUGGGACACUUCUCCCUGAAAAUCUAAGCAAGUUUAAAGGUACCAGUACUGAAAUUAUGAUGGAGUUACUAGGCCAAAGUGGUGGUCUAAUUAAACUUGUUGCACACUGCUGGCCCAUCAGAUAAUCCUCCCCACCCACUACAUCUGCAUCAGAAGAGAUGAGAAAUGGCUGCUCAGGCAGCAUGAGCACAGAACAGAUACUUGGAUUGUUAGCCUUUAUGCCCACAGCAGAGGAGGAAGCAGUGGUACACGAGGCUUGCUGUCAAAUGCAGGAGCAAGUAUUGGCAGGACUGCCACUGCAUAUGAUGCUGAAGACAUGCUGGCUACCACAUGUGCACAGACCUACCUCAUGGCUUGCAAGAACCAUUAUAAAAUUGCUUCUCAGCUCCUGCUAUUGAAUAAUAUUGGGCUAAGAUAGUGACAUUAAUAUUCCUUUGCCUAUUUUUUAUUACUAAAUGCCUAGUUUUAGAACAUUUUCACUUUUACCUUGUUUCACCUAUAGAGAUUUCUUACAUGAUCAUUGGAGUUCCAGAUUGGACCUCACGCUUUUAAAACCAGAAGAGGGUGCUGUAAUACUCGGCGGAUUUACAGAUGUUAUCAGUCAGUUUUGACUGUUAAAUACGUUCAAGAAGAAAACGAGUUAAAACAACAAGAAAAAAAAAAAUGAACAAUCAUUGCUAUUUAUUAAUUGGGUCAAAUGCUACAGUAGGAGGAAUGAAAAUUCAUAUGCAAAAAAAGAUUUUGAAAAAAGCUAUGGAGAGCUAAUGUGACAUUUUAUUUGCAAUAUUUGAAAAUUCAUAUUUCAACAGCCUGCACAUGCUGAUCAUGCUCUACUGCUGCAUCAUUUAACUUCUAGGUUUCCAUUUCUGAAAGUUAUAGUAGGCUUUAUUCUUGGGGAAAAAAGUGAGGAUAAUCCCUCAGCUUGAGAUUAGGUAUAAAGCUUAAAGCACUGUUUGAACUGUUGAGUCAUUCAUGCUGUGUUAGUAGGGUGGGUUUUUUUAAUUAAGCUGGUAGCAUAUAUAUUCUCUUACUUAGCAUUAUAUUGAGUAGGAAACACAUACUUUUAUAGUGUGCAUUUGAAAGUUGCUACUGAGAGACUGCUUUGGGUCUUGCCUUUUUUUACCUAUUUUAAUUAAUUCACUUUCCAUAAGGUUUUGUUUAUUACAACUUUACAACAGCUUAGUUAUGAUUAGCCAUCGUAAGAUAGAUUUAAUCAAGCUGCUCAUUAAAAUAUAGUCUCAUUGUCAUCUUUCAAAAUCUGCUGGAAUGGUCCCCCGGUGAUAUCAGUGUAAGCCUUGGUAAGCCAACUUUCUGACUGUGUUUUGAGACUCUAAUCCCAAAGGCAAAUUGAGACGGGGAAAGUGCCAAUUUACCUUGUUUUCUACUAGAGGCCUUGCAUUCCCAUCCACUUCCCUUUUCAUCAUCUCUGGCACUUCUUUAAGCAUAACAUUUCAAACUAAGAGAAAACUACUGCAGGAGUUGGAGGAAGAAGAUUAUGAUAUUGUUUCCUAAUAAGCCACUGGUAAAACAUUGAAUCAACUCAGAGGCGUGUCCAAAGAGAACCAGAACUGUGGCAAAAGAGGAGAUAGUGGAAGCCAGAGAUGGCAGACAAUACUUCUCCUAUUUCGUGGGGAUGACUAUUCAGACUUACUCGGCUACUUAUGGACAGGCAUUCAGUAUGGAUGUUCUGAAGAACUGAAAUCUAUGGAAAGUAUUCUGCUAAACUAAAAUGUCAGGAAGAAACUUCUUGUAUUUUUCACCUAGUAAUAAGCUUUUCUUUAGCCAUGUAUGUUAGAUUACUCAUUAUAGCACAACAUAAGCUGUUGGUCUCUCUUGUAACUGGUAAUUGAGUUGUGCUAAAUUUGCACAAAAAACAUCCCAGUUUGGCUUGCUGGAUAUUGGUGUCCCCAUGUUACAGUCUGUCAAAGGGUGAUGACAAAACACAUUUGCAUUAUGAUGCAAGCCAAGUGCCUGCUGACCUGAUCCAGCUUGCUGGAUACCAGCUGUUUCUAAACGGUAAGAUGUGGUCACUCGUUGCAUGACAGCCUUGUGUAGUCACCAGAGUUGGUGCUACUAUGCUGCCAGUUUGUCAGCAACCAGACCUGUCUUACCUCCAUAUCCUUGUAGCAGCUACAGCCUGGCUUUCUGUGCUGCACGAGAGAGAAUGUUCAGCAUCUGCUGCUAUCAAAGCAACAGCAGCUGUCAAAGAUGUCAUCAAGACCUCAACUGGUGAAGUUACAGCUUCACAAGAAUGUUUCAUUAUAAGUGAUAUGCCAUCAAAAACUUGCUGAGUACUCAUUACCAACAUAUCCUGGCCUCACUGGGGUGCUUCAGAUUUUCUCAAUAGUAUACACAUAAGCUUUGCUCCAAAUUUUCAUGUCCCUGUCAGUCAGAUACCAACUAAAGGGUUGUUAAAGGAAUUGCCAUAUAGUUCAAAUAGGUCUAUUUUCUUCCCCCCGAUGAUUGGACUGCAAUACUCACCAGCAUCAAUUACAAUGAAUUUAAUUGAAAAAAAAUCUUUGUCAUUCUAUUCUUGCGUUAGAGGAAUAAACAUAUUUAGUUUUGGU